AAAAUAAAUGACAGUCUCUUGCUUUGUUGCUACUUUCUGGUUUCUUGUCUCCGUUUCAUCCUCCCACACCACUGUUUUGCUCUCCUAGCUUCCUUAUGCUCUCCUAGCUUCCUUAUUUUUUCCAUUCAAUUCAUGGCACUCCUCACUUCAACACCAGAAACCAAAAAACAGAAACCCUCGUCAAAACGGCGCAAGCACCAGUCUUCAUGGAACCAAAUCAAGAACCUCCUCACCUGCAAACAAAUCCAAACCUCAACUUCCGUUCAUGACCCUUCAAAAACCAACAUGAAUACCAUAACCGGAGCCUACUUGAAGCUAGGACAUUGUAAGUCCAUGUGUAGCUUCAAGGACGUGGUUCACGGCAACACUAGGGUUGUUCACAGACCUGACCACUCCCCCGAGAACAGCUCAGUUGGUCAAGAAACCGGGCUACUUGGUCACAAGAAUCACGGGGUGUCGUUGUCAUCUUCGUCGAGGUCCUUGGCGAGUAAUGCUUCAGUGAGGUCGAAUGGUGGCUCAUUCUCCGCGUCUUCCAGAGGAAUGCAGCUCAGGAAGCUAUCUGGUUGUUAUGAAUGUCAUAUGAUUGUUGAUCCCACCAGGUAUUCGAUUCCGCGAACCACAAUUUGCGGUUGCUCAGAGUGCGGAGAGAUAUUUCCAAAUACCGAAAGCCUGGAACUUCAUCAAGCUGUUAAACAUGCUGUGUCGGAGCUUGGUCCGGAAGAUUCGGGUCGGAAUAUUGUGGAGAUCAUAUUCAAAUCGAGCUGGUUAAAAAAAGACAGCCCGUACUGCAACAUCGAACGGAUACUGAAAGUGCGCAACACCAAACGAACGAUCCAACGGUUCGAAGACUGUCGUGACGCAGUGAAGCUUCGUGCGACCUCACACACUAGAAAAAAUCCCAGGUGCGCCGCCGACGGGAACGAGCUGCUGAGGUUCCACUGCACGAGCCUCACGUGCACGCUCGGUGCACGUGGCGGUUCAACGCUCUGUGGGGCCCUGCCUGGUUGCGGAGUGUGUACUAUCAUUCGACAUGGGUUUCGAGGGACUUGUUUUGGGGAGGGUCAGAGUGGGGUCCACACUACUGCGAGCAGUGGUAGGGCCCAUGAUUGUUUGGGCGGGAGUGAAAUGCGGAGGGCGAUGCUUGUGUGCCGUGUGAUCGCCGGGAAGGUGAAGACGGCGGCGGAGGAUGAUGGUGUUGCGGCGGCGAGUUAUGACUCGUUUGUGGGGAAAGCAGGGGUUUAUUCAAGUACGGAGGAACUGUAUGUGUGUAAUCCUAAGGCUAUUCUUCCAUGUUUUGUUGUUAUUUACAAGGCUUUGAUUUAAUGCGAAAGUUGUGUGAUUUUACAUAUA